GCGGCCUGGCGGUGCGUCGCGGCCGCCGCGGCCGCCGCGCGCGCCCGUCGACGUCGUCCUCGCGUCCGGCGACCGGCUCGACACGGCGCUGUCCCUCGCGCUGGGCCACCUGCGCGCGCCCGCCGCCGCCGCGCUCGUCGCCGCGGGCGCGUUCGCGGACCCCGUCGCCUUCGCGGGCCUGGGCCCGCUCCACGCGCUCCUCGCGCCCUUCGACGCGCACCUGAGCCGCGGCUGCCGCCACGCGCUCGCGCGCGCGUCGCCGGCCGCGCGCGCGCUCAACGACGGCGGCGGCGCGCUGGCCUACGGCGCCGUCUUCGCCGGCGUCGCCGCGGCGCCGGCGCCCCGCGGCGGCGCGGCCGUCGACGGCGCCGCCGCGCGGCGCGCGCUCCACGGAGCGCUCGCGGCGCUCGCGCGGACCGCGGCGACGCCCGCGUCCUCCGCGUGCGGCGCGAACGGCACGUGCGGCGGCGACGGCGGGCCCUGGCCGGGGCCGGGCCGGUCGCACGACGGCGCCAUGCUCGCGAAAUCCGGGUCGUCGCCGCUGCACCUCGCCGCGGCCGCCGGCGCGCCGCCGCCGCUCCUCGCGGCGGUCGCCGGGCGCGACGCCGCGGCGCUCGCGCGCGCCGCCGACGGCCGCGGCCGCACGCCGGCCCACGUCGCGGCGGCCGCGGGCUUUUACGGCACGGCCGCGUGGCUCCUCGACCUCGCGCCGGACCUCUGGGACGCGGCCGACGGCGGCGGCCGCACGCCCCGGGACCUCCUGCUCGCGCACGCGGCGGACCUCGCGCCCGCCGACGCCGCGGCGCUCGGGGGCGCCGGGCGCCGGGCCCCGCCCCUCGGCGCGGCGCCGGGCGGCGGCGGCGGCGGCGACGACGGCGGCGCCGGCGACGACGGCGACGACGGCGGCUGGGCCGACGGCGCCGCCGCGGCGGACGGCGCGCUCGCGCACCUCGGCGCCGGCUGCGACGUCGACGUCGUCCUCGACGCGGACCUCACGGCGGCGGCCUUCCGCGACCGCUACGUGCGCAACGCGCGGCCCGUCCUCGUCCGCGGCGCCGCGCUGUCCUGGCCCGCGCGGUCCGCCGCGCGGCGCGACGCGCUACUGCGGCGCUUCGGCGCCGCGGCGGUCGCCGCGGCCGCCGUGCCCUACGCGGCCCUCUUCGGCGAGGCGGAGGCGACG